CUCCUCAGACUGGCUGCUGCUGAGCUGCUGAGGAUACACAGCCCAGAGGAAAUAUGCCCUGCCCAGCAGUGGCUCUGCCUGUUUGAUGAGGUGACCUAUGCAUACCAAGUGGUUGUAAAGUCCGGGGAUAUCCCGGUGUUUUUGUUUAGCAUGAGCAUGGAAGAUUAUGACUACCUGUUCAAAAUAGUUCUGAUAGGAAAUGCUGGAGUUGGGAAGACAUGUCUCGUCCGGCGCUUUACUCAGGGCCUUUUCCCACCUGGACAAGGGGCUACUAUCGGAGUAGAUUUCAUGAUUAAAACAGUGGAAAUCAAAGGGGAGAAGGUCAAGCUGCAGAUAUGGGACACAGCUGGACAGGAGAGAUUUCGCUCCAUUACUCAGAGUUAUUACCGUAGUGCCAACGCCCUCAUUCUUACGUAUGACAUUACCUGUGAGGACUCCUUCAGGUGCCUUCCAGAGUGGCUGAGGGAGAUUGAGCAGUAUGCCAACAACCAAGUGGUGACUAUAUUAGUCGGUAAUAAAAUAGAUCUGGCGGAGAAGAGAGAGGUUCUCAGACAGAGGGCUGAAGACUUCGCCGAGGCUCAGAGCAUGCUGUAUCUCGAGACCUCGGCCAAAGAGUCCGACAAUGUUGAGAAACUUUUCCUCGACCUGGCCUGCGAACUCAUUCGAGAGGCCAAGCAGAACAAGCUGGAUAACAAUGACACUGCCCCGAUGCCCGGCGAGGGUAAAACCAUCAGUUACUUGAGCUGCUGCAGCCUCAAUUAGAGAGAGCUCAGCCUUCUGGCCAUGAUUACUCAGUAACCAUUGACUGUAGAGGGCAGAUGGCUGAGCCCCAAUGCCUCCGUCCCUCUUAAGAUGGCAUAAAGCCACAUCUUAACCCCGUCACUUCUAAUCCCAUGCCUUUUUUAAGGCUGUACAAGGGAGUUAGUCAACUUUAGUUUGGCCUUCCAGGAUCAAGCAUUUUAAGAUGCUGCCAUAUAAUGGAGAACGUUGUCCUCAGUGCAUUAGGACAUAAAGUAUGUCUGCCUGAUGCAUCCAGGAAUCUGAGUAGGGCUCCAUUUUGUCCUCUUCAUGGUGAAAUGGCAGAUUUUGUUUCUGUUUUGGGGGUUUUAGGAUCCAUUUUCAUUCAACAUCAAUAUUCACCAGCAGUAACGUGAGUGAAAAAAAAAAA